AUGGAAUACGCUGAGAAUGGAACUUUACAGCAAUAUUUGAAAACUUCUAUACUUUCUUGGGAGAGAAAAGUUGAAUUAGCAGUACAAUUAGUUGAAGGAAUGUCUUAUUUGCACACACAUUAUGGUUUAGAGAACUAG